AUGGAGCCGACGCCUGCCGCCGAACACCAGGAAUCGCAGCCAAUGGCGCGGCACCAGGAAUCGCAGCCGACGUCUUCAGAUUUGGGAGAGCGCAGGGGGCUCUUCUCGUGCUUGUUCAGCGAGUGCGACGAUCCCCCCUUCAACGAUUCCAAUUUGGAAGCCCAUCUCCUGGAGACCAUCCUCCACUUGUACGAGGAGGCGUUCGAGCGGCUGCCCGUCCACGACAUGCCGGUGGAAGCCGCCGACCAGUUGGCCAUAUCCAUGCGCAAAGGCGGCCUCUGCCUCGGCCUCCUGGACCCCGUCGCCAACAUCAUCCUCAACACCAUCGCCCUCCUCCCGCACGACUUCGGGGAUAUGGCCGCCAAGAGGAGAUCCAAGAGGCUGGCUGGCAGACGGGACAGCAGCAGCUGGGUUGUGCCAUCCUCCUGCCGCAGGGUGACCUGGCGCUCUAUUGCUGUGUCUUCCUGCCGGGCUCUCGUCAGAUUCAUGGUUGACUACUUCGGAUGCCUCAGUGAAGAGCAGGCCACCCGCUACCUCCACUGGGCACACGCCGAUCUCGCCCUCGCCGUCCAGCUGGUCGAGCACGAUCUACGUGCUGCUCACGUUGCACCACCCGAUCCUGCCUCCGCAAGGACGCAAGCCGCCUUCAAGUACGCCGCAAUCUGUGGGUGGCACCCUGCGCCUGAUGACCUGCUGCGCCUCCACGCGUCGCCCCUGCCCAAGCAGCGCCUCCGCGACGCCGCCCCCUUCCUCAACAAGGGAGGGCGCAAGCUCACCGUCCAUCAUGUCAUCACCAUCAUGGACUUGCUGCGCUACCAGGAAGGUGCCGCCGUCGACCUUCAGGUCAACUUGCUUCCAAGUGCAAGAGAGCUAGUCGUCUACUGCCGGAACCUCAAGGCUGAUGAAGGGAACCUAGACAUUUCCAACACCACAAGCUCCGAUGGCUUUCACAUGGUCACCAUCAAGGUCGAGCGUCAUGGGUACCACUUCGCUGCCCUGCGGUCUCCCGAGGACUACAGAUCCAUGAUGUCAUCCUGUUUGAAGGGGGCCGCCGAAAUGCACCGUGUGGUGAAUAGCUGUUCUAGCGAUGCCUGCGAAUACACCUUGUCCCUCAGGAUGAGGCUCUACGACAUGAUUCACGGCUUCUAUCUCAAAGUCUUCGCCAUGCUGCCCUCUACGUGGCUCGACCUCAUCCCCCACAUCCUAUACGCUGGCCACUGCUAUGGCCCUUUGGACCCUGUCUCCAACAUCAUCACCAAUUCCAUUUUGCACCGCCUAGUGCGCCCAAUCCCAUGGUUAGGCUCCAAAAUCAAAGUGUAUGACAUCCUCGACACCCUCUCUAUGCUUCGUGUGGAGGUCCGUUCCUUGGAAGGCCUCAUUGCCCUCGUCCGAGCAAGCUCCAAGCCCCGUUGCUCGACGCAGCAGGCUAUGGAGCACCUCUCCUGCAAACGCUGUGACCUGUCCCAGGAGUCUCACACCUCGCAGCAGUUUGCUGCCGCUGCCGCAGCUGCUCGACACCCAUAUGAUGUGCUGGGAUCAUCGUUGGCGCCCAGCUUGAUCAUUGACCUGCGGCGCAUGCUGGCCACCAGUGCCAAUGGUAGGAUCUCCUCGGAGUCUCUUGAGCAAAUAAUGUGCAUUCUCAAGGAAACUUGUGCGCCGAUGUGUGGUCCUUUACUUCCCUAUGCGGCCAAACUGUCCAAGGAGGCUAAGGAGACUCUGCUGGAAAAGAGGUCACAUUAUAUGAAGAUGAAGUUAUUCAUUCACGCUGAGCUUGCGCAAGUGCUGAAGAAAUAUGCCUUUGAGCAUCCUCUGGAACCAAAAUAUGUGCCAAGUGUUAUCUGUGGUUUGGUGGCUGCUUCCGAAUCCCUAGACAGGUUUUCCUAUCACGUUAACUUUGUGGCUGCUUCCGAAUCAGGGAUUGCUGAUAACCAACUCUUCUUUGCCGAUAUAAAUGCCCCAUUUUCUCAUCCUUCAAAACCAAGUUUCUGCUGCAGACUACCCCUGACAUCUGCUGGUCGUUGCUACUAUGGAAAGGCGUCCGCGAGGAAGAUUGUGUAUCCCGAUUCAUCAGAACUUCUUGAGUGUGAUUGUGAUAUUACUGACUAUGGAACGCGGCAAACAGAUGGAAUGCUGGAGCCAGAUUUCGUCUUGGAGUAUAGGAGAGACGCGGGGUUUGCAGAGGAUCUGAGGAAGUACUGUGAAGAACAAAAGAAGCGUGAUGAGUAUUAAUUCCAACGGCUGGAGGAACUAGUAUUAAUUAGGUCUGGAGCCUUAUUAAGCCUGAUGUUGAAAUACUCCAUAUAUUAAGUAGUA